AAUAAAACCAGUCAUUAUGUUUACCAAUGGCUGUCAAAAUUGGGGUUCCCUCAAAAUUGAAAUUUUGAGAUUUGGAUAUUCCAAUAAUUGUUUAUAUGUUAUGUUCACAUGUUACAUAGAUGAAAACAGUGCUGUAGGAAAUGGCGACCCAUUUCAUCUGUCAGAGCUCUGAGCCGUUGCCCCACAUUUAUCAAGGACGCCACUCAGAUCGGACCCAUGGUGCAGUCUCGCAGUAUGAGGUGUUCAACUCAGCCAAUAAGGCACACACACGAUUCCCCGCCCCUGGCUGGGAUUUCUCUCAGUCCUCGGAAGAGGAUUCUCUCCCUUUGUUGCAACCGGUUCCACAACCUGCCGGAAAGCAGGCUGUGUUCCAGAUUGAUCCAGAGUUGUGUGUGACCCCUCUGAAGGCCAAGUCUCUCUCAAUCUUUGGCCAGUUGGCUGAGAAACCUAACAGCUUCCCAGAUCCGGAUUUGACAUUAACACCGGAGAAAUUUGAGGCAAAUAAAUCUAGAACGGCUGCCGAGAGUAAGCAAGCUUUUGAUGAGAAAGAGAAGAAACAUAGGGUUAGAUUUGAUUUAGAUGAGGACUCUGUGAUGAAAGAUGAUGCAAAUGUUAGUUCAGUUUCGGUGAAUAGGUCUCUUGACAAGCCAUACCAACCUGAGCUCUAUGGAAACACCGAGGAAGACGAAGAUGAAGAUACAUAUGAAUCAGACAAUGACAAAAUACAAUUUCAAAGUGAACAAUCCUCAAACUCUAAUGUGAUAUCUGAGUCCAUGGGAAUGAAUUCUCGGACGGGUAAGUACACUGUCUCAACAUCCAAUGGAAAGACUGUAUAUGUCCCAAUAAAAGAUGCUGCCACCACACUGGAAAGUAAAAAAGAUGUUAAAAUAUCAGAACAGUCAACCAGUAAAUCAAAUUCUAAAUCUGCGAAAGGCAGCAGUCUUGAUACAAAAGGUGUUAAAAUAGUGCGAGAGAAAUCUACCUCCACAGCAAACCAGACAAGUAUUUCUACAGCAACUAAUGGUGGACCAGUGGACCCAAUUGCUUCUUGUAAAGUGCCUGAACAGUCCGGUAAACCUCGCAAAGCCAAAGUUGUGCGAGAACAUCAGUAUCUGCCAAAAGAAAAAGGAUAUACAUUCCCAUUCAGUCAGCCUUCCGAUGACAUGGCCGCAGGGGAGGAGCACAUGUUUGCGCGGCCGGAGUACAACAGCACCCUGCGCAUGAAAUUGGAGGCUGACAAACUGCGGGACUCAGAGGUGGACCUGGAGAAAGCUCUGCAGAGAAAACUCACAGAAAACACCAAGACUCAGAUCAAUGAGAAGGCUGCUAGCCUUGUUAACCCAGAUGGUACAGCAUUCUCGGGUUUAGUGAGUCUGGACGUACCUGUAGAGGAAGUGUGUCGACAGGCGGCCAUCAAAGUCAACCGGGCAAAACAAGUACGACCCAGCAAAGGCAGGUCUCAAGGUCACAAAGAGCCAGAUGUGAUGGAGUUUUUCUCCGCUGAACGGCAGAAAGAGUCUGUGACCUUCUCGUGUCCUGGCAUUCCAUCAACCACAGAGCAGCUUUCCACUGCGUCACAUUGGCGGGCCUUUGAUCUGUACAGACAUAACAGAGUAUGGAGCUCCCAUCACCACAAAUAGACUGGACUUGUUGUGAUUGACGAGCCUUUCUUACGGAAAAUGGGGCUUAAUGCAUGUGCAUUUAAUAAUUGUUGUCCUGAAUAAGCCUGCGAAGUCCACACAGGCUAAUUAGGGAUGUAGCUGCCUGCCUUCAUUGGAUUUUUGUGCUUAAAACACAAAUUGACAUGCAGGUGGAAAGCGUUGUCUCUGAUAUCUGGGACGACACUAAGCGCAUGCAUUUAGCCAAAUUUUCCCUAAAUGAUGCUCAUAUUUAGAGACAUGGAACAGUUUGGAGCAUACAGUGUCAAAUAUUUUGGAUUAUGGGGACCAUGUUACAAUACUUAACAUGAUAGCAAUAUUGACCAGUUGAUGCCUUUUCCCAUUUUUGGAAUAUGAAAUUUGGUUACCUUAAUUAUUCACCUUAUUUAGGGAACCACUUUUUUUAUUAAUUGAUAAAAGCGCAUGUAUUAUUGAUAAAAACUUCAUCUUUAUUCACUUCCUUAACAACACGGUCAAUUUUCACAACUUCUUGAGGUGAAAUGUUCUGUCAAUGAUUUAAUGUAAGACAUGUCAUUAUGUCUUCAUAAUGGAACUAGGUGUAUAUGGUUACAGUACAGAAUGAAUAAUUUUAAGGACUUGUCAUCAUUAGCAAGAAUUCAUUUUUUGUAGACCCGACAGUAUGGAGCACCUAGCAACAGAAAGAUUUUGCAAAUUGGGUUAUAAAUUGUGAGCAGGGAAUUGUAUAUCAAAUACAAAUAAAUUUGAUAUGUUAAAAAAGUCAUAUAGUACUGCUUGUUGGCAACACUUUGUUUAGUUGUCAAGCUAGUUGUCAAUGUCACAUUGGUCGGAAAUACACUGACUUUGUCCCUUUAAUUGCUGCUUAGAUGAUGUGAAGCAUAGUGUGUAUCAAAGUUUGGCUAGAAUCACAGGCACUUAUACCAAAGGAUAACCUCACAAUGCUAUUUUAUAUUAGCUCAAAAACCUCAAUGCUAAGAAUAAUUCUGUAUUAUUUAAAUAUAAUUAGCAAGUGACGAUCAGAAGUCGAAUAUAACUUAUAUUUGUAGAAUUUGUAGAACCCCUAAAUGUUUCUUACUGCAUUCAGUGCUUUUUGGCAGUUCUUCAGAUUUGUAAUGAUCUAUGUAAAGCUUUUGACAAUACAUUAUCAUGUAUAUGAAUGAAUGAGUUAAUCAGUACAAGUUGGUGCAGAUGUUUUGUAGAUACAUGUACAUGUGUAAUAAAAUAAAUAUUUUAGAUAUUUGAAAUAAAAUAUACCGGUAUAUUUAUACAUUACA